CUCUCUCUCUCACUCACUCUCUCUCUCUCUCUGGCACAUUUCCCUGUUCUUCCUCGUUCCCAAACUGUCCUCAAAUAAUCAGCACGACUGUCUGCGCAGUUUUAAAUCCACUGCGCCACGGAUCAUUUUGUGUAAUCUCUGAGCACUUUAUUUUUUAUUUAUUUAUUUAUUUGCUUUUUUGCGCUAAUUGUAAUUAGGGAUACGAUGUGAUUGAAGGCUUUCACCAUGAAUCCUCACUGCGCGCGCUGCGGGAAAAUCGUCUACGCCACUGAGAAAGUGAACUGCCUGGACAAGUACUGGCACAAAGGAUGCUUCCACUGUGAGGUGUGCAAAAUGACCCUGAACAUGAACAACUACAAAGGAUACGAGAAGAAGCCUUACUGCAAUUCGCACUACCCUAAGCAGACGUUCACGAUCGUCGCAGACACGCCGGAGAACCUGCGUCUGAGGCAGCAAAGUGAGCUGCAGAGUCAGGUGAAGUACAGGAAGGAUUUUGAAGAGAGUAAGGGUCGUGGUCUCCGAUUUCUUGUAGACACACCAGAAGUGCAGAGACUGAAGAAAGCCCAGGAUCAGAUCAGUAACGCGAAAUAUCAUAAGGAUUUUGACCUGCCAGGCUUGCACGGUGUCACUCAGGGCGUUAGAGGAACUUAUCUGGUGCGGGCGCAGACGAGACCCGAGCAUCAGACGCUGCAGGGGAGCUGCGCCACACACAGAGGUGUGAAUCAGUACACCAUGGAGAUGGAUCGGAGGCCAGGAGUCAUUGUAGCCCCUGUGCUUCCUGGAGCUUAUUACCCGAGCGGUUAUAAUCAGGGACACAGCUACAUGCAUCAGACCAGCAUGCACUCUCUCAGAUCCAUGCAGCUGCAGUCGCAUCCAACAACCACGAGCGUGUACAGGGCUUUGUAUGACUACACGGCGCAGGACUGUGACGAGGUGUCGUUCCGGGACGGCGAUCUGAUCCACAACGUGCACCCCAUCGAUGAGGGUUGGAUGUUUGGGACGGUGCAGAGGACGGGCCGCUCGGGCAUGCUGCCUGCUAACUACGUGGAGGGCAUCCGCUAACCCGCGCUAGCUUAUUGAGGCUUUGAUUAACCCUGUUCACAGUUCGCAGAAUUUGUUGGGACCAAGUACAUGUACAUAGACAGAAGUAGUCCUCUAUUUUAGUAGUACAGUAAAUUAUUAAAGUUUUUAAGAGUAAGUUUUCAUUUUCUUACACCGUCUAUUAUUAUAUUAGUGAGUGCAUGUUAUGGUUUUGUACGUAGGUUUUGAACGUUUACUAUGAAAAACAGUUUAAGUAUUAAAGCAAUAAGGUCUGCCGACAGACGUUAUAGGAGGUCUGAGUGGGCGUGCCUUUAAGAUAGAUGGAGGAUGUGGGCAUGUCUCUGAGACCAUAUAUGGAAGCAGUCAGGCAGGAAGAAGAAGUUUAUUAACAUUCUUAAAUACUGGUCUUUUUUUAAGUGUAAAAAAAGAGAAAAGAAUAUUAAUAAAUGUUCACAGUAUUCACUGCUACCGCUAGCUAAUAUAACAUUUGAAAAAACAUUUCAUAGCUGUAUCUUUGAGUCCAUAUAUGGGCGUAAGGACACACCCACCAAUUUGCAUACAACUCAAGUUUUACAUUCCAGGAAGCCUAAAAUGCAUACUUCAUUUAGAAACACCCCUACUACUUUAUUUCAUGUCUUCCUACCUUUAUUUUAAGCUUAAUUUUGUGUGAUAAAUUGUCAAGAAUGUAAAAAAAAAAAAAUAUGUAUAUAUAUAUUAAAAUUUGUAAUUAAGCUUUUGUCUAAAACGAUGCAAUACAAAAAUGUCUUGGUAGCAUGCACUGCAUUUGUAGCCUCUGGAACGUAUGAAUAUAUAGAAUUUGUAAAUGUUCAUGCACACAUGGCAUUAAAAUGUUAUAAUACCA